UGCAACUCGAUCAUGACCACGGACCGCGAAGAAUUAUACAACACAUUAUGCUCCAUUAUAAGCAAUCAUAGCCUAAAUGAACUUGGAAUCCUUCCAGCAAUCCCCGAUGAAGCGGAGAGAUCGACAAACGAAUACUACCCAUUUAUCUUCCUUGAGAACAAUCUCGGUAUACCCCUCCCAGUUGUUCACCAUAUUAUAGCCUACUCUAGCUCUGAGUUUAUGAAGCAUCGGCAGCAGAAGGAUCAAAAAAAUCUCGAAGACCUCGAGCUAUCUUCGAAGGUACUUUUCAUGGUUAACCCAGAUCAUUAUUCCGCAGCCAACACGAGAAAAUCCCUUGUCCAAAGCAACAUAGUGGAUGCUCAGAAGGAAUUGGCUCUCGUAGAUCUCAUGUUCACUAUCCCAAAGCACUCAAAAAGUUCUAUAGCAUGGCAUCACAGGAAAUGGAUACAGAAUUACUUGAUAAAGGAGAAGGGCCAGGCCCUGGAUUUCGAUCGAGAAUUUAGUCUAUGCGAGCGAACGGCCACACUAUAUCCCAGAAACUACUAUGCCUGGACAUACCGAUCUUGGCUCUUAACACGGAUCCCUCAUAUUAAACGCCAUGAAGAAUACGAAAGGUCGCGACAGUGGGUCGCAUCGCACAUCAGCGAUCACUCUGGACUUCAGCAUCUGCAACGUUGCCUACGUUUAUCCUUAGGAACAUUACAUAUCAAAGUUCAUCUUAGCUGGCUGAGAGAACAGCUAAAGCGAUACCCCGGACACGAAUCUCUGUGGUGCCAUUUGCGAUAUUGCGCAUAUCUGGCUGCUGCUAAAAAGGUUCUGGAGUACAAGACUGAGCCGGCUUUCAUAGAAGAUGUAUUGAAAAUCUGCAAGGACUCUGAUGUGGAGGAUGAAAAUAUUCAGAAACAACUGCAACUUGCCUUGAGAUAUGGGCUAUGGAUAACCCAUUUGGUUGAACAUUAUGGAUUGGGUGACGCUGAUUUGAGAGCUUGGGCUGAUUUAGCUAUGCACAUGUAUACCAAAGAGCUCGAAAAACUGGCUGACCAGUCGACAUUCUAUAAAUUAUUCCAAGGAUGGUCAUGUCACGCUGCUAAAAAACAGCAAGCAACUUCUUCAGAAUACUAUAAGCGGCUACCGAGCGACGGCGACAAUGAAGCAUGAGCUAUAUGCACUUUUAGGACCAAUGAACUGUUUUUACAAAAAAAAUAGCUAACUGUACUUUUAUUCUUCAUGAAGGAUGCAUCAUUUACUAAAUUUACUAAAUUUACUAAAUUUGAUAAUGCCAAGCAAAUAGG